AGGAGUAAAUAGAAAAGUAAGUUUGGUGGUUUUACAAAAAAGAAAAAGAAAAAGAAAAUAUAGAAGUGUUGUCGUGCUUCCGUUUCACAACACAUUCUACAAUCUGCAAUAGUAGUGAAUUCAACCUCGUAGAUCAAUCGAUCGAUUGAUACGUCUAAUAGAAAGAGAUUGCGAUGGAUUCUUCUCACAUGACAUCACUUCCCGAAGACAUCACCGACGAUCAACCUCCACAACCAGCUUCCGUUUUCGCUUCCGUCCCUCAACGUCCACCAACUAAGAGUUCUUCGGAAAAAUACAUACCCUUAGAUUGGUCUGUUUAUUUUGAUAAAGAAGAUGAUGUUGCUAUUCCUGAAUCAAAUGAUGUUUUUCAUGUUUACAUGGCAGGAACUGAGGGUCCUGUUGUUUUCUGUUUACAUGGUGGUGGUUAUUCUGGACUUUCGUUUGCUGUGUCAACUGGUAUAAUUAAGGAGAAAGCUAGGGUGGUUGCGAUGGACUUGAGAGGUCAUGGAAAAUCAGUGACAGAUAAUGAUGUUGACUUAUCUGUUGAGACCAUGUGCAAUGAUGUAUUGGCUGUUAUAAAGGAAUUAUAUGGCGAUUCUCCUCCUGCCAUUAUCCUCGUUGGUCACAGCAUGGGGGGGUCGAUUGCUGUGCAUGUUGCGGCAAGGAGAUCAUUGUCAAAUUUGGCUGGGUUGAUUGUUGUGGACGUUGUAGAGGGAACAGCAAUGGCUUCACUAAUUCACAUGCAGAAAAUCCUAUCAAAUAGGAUGCAACAUUUUUCAAGCAUCGAAAAAGCUAUUGAAUGGAGUGUCAGAGCUGGCACUUUAAGAAAUGUUGAUUCUGCUCGCGUAUCAGUCCCUGCCACAAUAAAAUAUGAUGAUUCAAGGAAAUGUUAUGUUUAUCGAACAGAGCUGGAAAAGACUGAACAAUAUUGGAAAGGCUGGUACGAAGGUCUCUCUGAUAAAUUUUUGUCAAGUCCUGUUCCGAAGAUGUUGUUAUUAGCAGGAACAGAUAGAUUGGACAAGUCUCUCACAAUUGGUCAAAUGCAAGGAAAGUUUCAGAUGAUUGUUGUCCGACACACAGGGCAUGCUAUUCAGGAAGAUGUACCUGAUGAAUUUGCAACUCUGGUUAUCAACUUUAUUUCUCGUAACCAAAUAGGCCCUAAUGGAGUUGUGAUACCUGGCCUCCGCAAGGCUGCCUUUUCAAAACCAUGAAUUGGGUGUAGAUAAAACCAAGAAUGGCUACUGCUGCAGGGUGAUAAUGGUUUUCUUAUCUGACAUUUCUUUAGUUCUAGUGUUAUUAUGAAUGCUUACAUGUUUUGGUAGGUGGAGCUAGUAUAUGUUUUAGAUUAUGAUAUGGUGAAUGUAUUAUUACCCCAAUUAAUCUAGGCAUCUCAUAUCAAGGUACAAUGGAAGAAAAGCUUAAUUUGUAUUAGGUUCUAGAUUAUAAGGUACAAUGGAAAAAAGGCUUGGUUUCUGGCAGGUUCUAGAUUAUAAGAGUUAUUUAAUUACAAUAACUUAUGGUUCUUUAUUUAUGAAAACUCUUAUUGCUUAAAAAAAAAUCUUUACUA